AUGGCUGACGUAAAACCCUCUCCCGCGAUGCUCGACAUGGAAGCCAAACCUGCACUCGCGCCCGACACAUCCCUCGAAGCCACCACGACGUCAACCGACCUUGUCCCCACGACAGACCAAACAAUCAUCACCACCAACGCAGACGGCAAAAAAGUCAAAAAGAUCAUCCGCCGCAAGCGCCGGCCUGCGCGCCCCCAAGUCGACCCCGCAACCCUCAAACCGCAAGAAAUCGCCCAAACAGGAAACAUCUACAACGUCUGGUACAACAAAUGGUCUGGCGGCGACCGCGAAGACAAAUACCUCUCUCAAACCGCGGCGCCUGGCCGCUGCAACAUUGCAAAAGACAGUGGCUACACCAAAGCGGAUAAAACACCCGGCUCCUACUUUUGCCUCUUCUUCGCACGCGGCAUGUGUCCGAAAGGUGUAGACUGCGAGUACCUGCACCGUUUACCCACUGUCACAGACAUCUUCCCCAGCAACGUGGAUUGUUUUGGGCGUGACAAGCAUGCUGAUUACAGAGACGACAUGGGUGGUGUAGGUACCUUUCAGCGCCAGAACCGCACCCUGUACAUCGGCCGCAUACACCCUACUGACGAUAUCGAAGAAGUAGUUGCGCGCCACAUGCAGGAAUGGGGCGAGAUUGAACGCACGCGUGUGCUGACGGCACGUGGUGUGGCGUUCGUCACGUAUCUCAACGAAGCCAACUCGCAGUUUGCAAAGGAGGCGAUGGCGCACCAGGCGUUUGACCACGGCGAGAUUCUCAACGUGAGAUGGGCAACUGUAGACCCGAAUCCACAGGCGGCAAAGCGCGAGGCACGGCGUAUAGAAGAGCAGGCCGCGGAGGCGAUAAGAAAAGCGCUGCCGGCUGCGUAUGUAGCAGAGCUUGAGGGCAGGGACCCCGAGGGCAAGAAGAGGAGGAAGAUGGAGGGCAGUUUUGGUUUGCAAGGAUACGAAGCACCGGACGAUGUGUGGUAUGCAAAGGAAAAGGCAGAGUGGGAGGACAGGAAAAGGAUUGAAAAUGGUGGUGGUGGGGAGCACAUGAUGAUUGAACAGGGCCAUGAGGAGGCGGCGUCGGCACAGCAGAAUGCGUAUGCCGCACAGGCUGCCCCACAGCAGGAUUCUGGAAACAGUGGUAUUUUGUCUGGUGCUACGCUUGCGGCCCUGAAAGGGUACACGGCUACGGCGUCGAGUAGCAACAAACGGCCCGCGCCCAAGGCGGGGCUGUUGGUAGAUUAUGGCAGUGAUAGCGAUUGA